AUGCCGUCCCUUCAAGACAGCAAAUUGGCCUUCAUCGGCGGUGGCAAUAUGGCCUCCGCCAUCAUCGGUGGUUUGGUGAGCAAGGGCGUCAACAAGCAGAACAUCUGUGUCUCCGAGCCGUGGGAUGUCAACCGCGAGAAGAUGGCCGCCCUGGGUGUGCGCACCACCACCUCCAACGUCGAGGCUGGUGGUGAUGCCGAUCUCAUCAUAAUUGCCGUCAAGCCCCAGGUCACCAAGGCUGUGUGUGAGGAGCUUGGCGCCGCUUGGUCGCCGCGCGAGUCCUUGCCCGUGGUCGUUAGCAUUGCCGCGGGUAUCACACUCGACAGCCUGAAGGCCUGGCUCAAGACCAGCGAUGGACGUACCGCCCACACUGUUCGCGUCAUGCCCAACACCCCCGCGCUGGUCAGCGAGGGUGCUUCCGGUGUUUACGCCAGCGACGAUGUCACCCCCGCCGAGAAGGAGCUUGUCAAUGCUAUGCUUGGCAGUGUGAGCAAGGCCACUGAGUGGGUUGAGCGUGAGGACCUGCUUGAUGUUGUUACUGGCUUGUCCGGAUCUGGCCCUGCCUAUUUCUUUGCUAUGGUUGAACACCUGGUUGCAAGUGCUACUGCACUUGGAUUGCCCGAGGAACAGGCCACUCGCCUUGCCACGCAGACUUGUCUUGGUGCUGGUAAGAUGCUCGUCGAGAGUGCCGAUCCCCCUAGCCAGCUGCGCAAGAACGUCACCAGCCCCAACGGUACCACACACGCUGCUCUGAUGAGCUUCGAGGCUCUCAACUUCAAGGACAUCGUCAACAAGUCUGUCCAGGCUGCGACUUCGCGGUCCGCCGAGCUUGGAAAACAAUAA